CGCCACGGUCUCCCCCCCCCCCCCCUCUUUCCGCUUUUUUUUUCUGUUUUAGCUCCCAAGUCCCGUCCUCCCCUUUCUUGCGCCUGACCCGAACAACGAAACUGUUUGUUUUUCUUCGUUCUAGUCGCAUUUUUUUCUUCUUCCCUGCCACCUUGCCAAGUCCCCAUACCUUGUAAAACUCGGGUCUAGAAGAGAAGAGCAUCAAAAUCCAAACAAGCCCGCCCCACUCCCACCUACCCAAACUAGCCGGGGAGGCAGGCAUUUAGUUUUGCCCGUCAAAUAAAUAUCAACACAAAGCCUCCCCGCUCCCCGUCUCCCCCUGCCACGAGGGGCAACAAAACGACGGCCAAAAAAAAACCACCCGGAACUACCUUGUCGCUUUCAGCUGCGGUCACGCAUUUCCCGACGUCGCAAACAGGUUACCGACAGAAAGCAUACAAAACGUUAACGCACCGACCGCCAUUUUGACAAUCAACGUCUGUUUCUUUGCAAAAUAACACCUCCGAGCUCGUUCCGAUUUGUGUGAAUUCAGCUUCAAUUAUCUAUACCUUAGACUUGAUUGCCCUUGCGCACUUGCAUCACAAACAGAAAAGGCCAGAGUUGACGGGAUAUUGACGACAACGGAAAACCCGACAAUAUAUCGGGUCGACGUUCUUCAGGGUUGUAAGCGUCGGAAAGUAUAGGAGGAAAGGGCCCCUACUCCGACUUUCUCAGCGAAGAUUGUCGCGAGUGGAGGGUACGGUAUACAACACCCAUUUCUGUAAACAUCAAUGUCAUCUCAUCGCAAUCCAUAUCACAACUCUUACGCUCAGCAAGCGCCGUCUUACUAUUCAAAUUCGGGCUCGGACGACAGGACAUUCGAGGGCUACUCAGAUAGCGAAGACUUGGAUCCAUCCGAGUCGGCCUCGCAGAUUAGCGCCGGCGAAUACUACGGUCACGGCGGAGGCGGUCCUCGCCUGCAGAUCCGUCAACAGGGGCGCAUAGAGAGGCCCGCCAGAGUUCCUUCAGUGCCACCACCAGGUGCGAUGCAGCAUUCACACAGCGACGAGUCCGAGGAUGCAUGGCGUCCCGAUAGGGGGGACUACGGAGGAGGGUACGGCGGUGGUUACCGGGCUGCUCAUCCUCAAAACCCCGGCUACUAUGGGCGCCCCUCCGGAGGCCCUGGCUACCCUCAAAGUCACGCCGGAGGUGGUGGAGGAGGAGGAGGAUACCAGGGAGGGUAUGCCGCCGGUCCAAUGACGCACUACAACUACAACAGCGGCUUCCACGGAUCCCAUCCAUUCGCCCCGCAGGGUUACGGUGCCGGCAGCCCAUACCAAGAGGUAGUUCCAUUCUCCUACCAAGGUGGCUACGGCGGCCACGCCGCGUAUCCUCCACCCGGGGCCAUGUAUCCGUACGGGGCGCACCCGCCGCCGCCGACCGAGGUAGCCGUGGCGAAAAAGCCUGAGACGCCUGCACCUGACCCACAGAUGGACGCUCUGAGGAAGCAAAUCGCGGAGCUCCAAGCCAACAAGCAAAAGGAGCAGUCGGCGGCUGAUGAGGCCAAGAAGACUGAGCUCGAGAUCCAAAGGCGCAUGCAAGAGAUGCUCGAACAACAAGAAAAAUCCCGGCUCGCGAUCGAGAAGGCGAGGCAGGAGGCUGAAAAGGCUGCCUUUGAGAAGCUAGAGGCCGAGAGGAAACGCGAAGAAGAACGGAGGCGGGAGCACGAGGAGAACAUGAAGCGGAUUGAAAGGGAGGCUCGGGAAAAGAUUGAGCGGGAAAGGAGGGAGGACGAGGAGAGGAGAGAAGCCCACGCAAGAGCACUCAAACAAGCGGAACUGGAAGCGCGAGCAAAGAUAGAAGCGGACCUGAGAGCGGCAGCUGAGAGGAAAGCAGAGGAGGACAAGAAGGCCGCCGAGGCCGCGGCUGCCCUCAAAGCCAAGAUUGAAGCUGCCGAGCUGGAAGCGCGAGCAAAAAUAGAAGCAGGCAUAAGAGAAGCAGCCGAGAAGAAAGCAGAAGAUGAGAGAAAGGCCGCGGAGGCCGCGGCUGCCCUCAAAGCCAAAAUAGAAGCGGACAUGAGGGCAGCGGCUGAGAAGAAGGCAGAAGAUGACAGGAAGGCCGCUGAGGCCGAGGCACUCUUCAAGGCCAAGCUCGAAGCUGCUGAGGCCGCUGCCAAAGCCAAGUUUGAGGCCGACCUCAAAAAGGCUGCAGAGGACAAGGCAGAGGCGGAGAAGAAGGCUGCUGCCGAUGCUGAAUGGCGCAAGAAGCUCGAGGAGGAGGCCAAGCUGCAAGCCGAGAUCGACGCGAGAAAGAAGCUUGAGGCUGAGAAGGAGGCCGCCGAAAAGGCGGCAAAGGACGCCGAGGAGAAGAAGAAGAUGGAAGACGCGCUCAAAAAGAAAUACCAAGAAGAGGGCAAACUCAAGGCCGAGGCCGAGGAGAAGAAGAAGGAGAAGCCCCCGAUCAAGUUCAAGGAUGCUGUCGGGCGCAAGUUCAGUUUCCCGUUCCAUCUGUGCCAAACAUGGCAGGGGAUGGAAGAGCUUAUCAAGCAAGCUUUUCUUCAUGUUGAGGUCAUCGGCCCACACGUUCAGCAAGGCCACUACGAUCUCAUUGGCCCAGACGGCGAGAUCAUCCUCCCGACAGUCUGGGAAAAGGUCAUCCAGCCAGACUCGGCCAUCACUAUGCACAUGUGGCCGAUGGACCGUCGCCCACAGCCACCACCGGGACAUCCGUUGGCUGGCAGACCUGGGGGUGUUCCAGGCGGCGUGCCCCCUCCUGGCCCCUUUAGGCCAGGAGUCCGACAGCCGGGGAUGCCGCCACCCCCGAUGAUGCCCGGGCCCCCCAGGCCUGGAGGCCCGAUGCCAAGGCCGGGACCAGGACCAGCGGUCGUGGAGCCAAGGGAGUCAAAGAAAAAGUCUUCCUCCAAGUCUAAGCCCCCAGGAGGCAUUUUAGGUGGUCUUUUCGGGGCACCGAAACCCGUCAAGAAGAAGAAGAAGCAUAAUUAGAGUUUGACUCAGUGGUCUCUAUCUACAACUCUGCUUUUCGAGAGACCAGGAUAUCUCAUCUUUGACAAACCUUAAUGUGUUUGAUGUAGCGUUAACGUUGUCUGCCAUGCGUGUUGAUGAUUGGGUUUGUUGAGGGGUUUUUUCUUUCUUCUUUAUUGAUUUCCUUGUCUUUCUUUUUGAAUACUCCUGUGCUGUCGAGCGUACUCUUUCUCUGCUCAAUCUCUUUAUUGAUACCUUGAUACAUUUUACAAUAUAACCGCAUGCUUUACGUUUUCAACAUUGGAUGGA